CGCCUCCCUCCUCUGCUUCGACUCUUCGUCUCCAGUAGGGUUGCUCACGUAGAGGCCGAGUGGCGCAGAGACAUGUUUGCGACGGCGGUUCGAUGGAUGGCCAAGAAGCCAAAGCCCAAGAUGAAGGCCAUCGAUCCUCCGACGCCGCCGGAGCUGACGCAGACCAUCACUCGCACCAUCUUCGACGUCGUCAAGGAGCACGGCCCCCUCACCAUCGCUGACACUUGGGAUCACAUCAAGGGAGUGGGUUUGCAAGGUUUAUCCAGUAAAGGACAGAUGAAGAUCCUAUUGAGGUGGAUGCGCGAGAGGCAAAAACUGCGGCUAAUCUGUAAUCACGAUGGGCCUCAUAAGCAAUUCCUCUACACUACAUGGUUCACCAACCCUAAAGUCAUGCCGCCAAGGCCGAAAAAAGGAUCCUCGAAGCUAUCCUAGUUUGGUUAUGGAAUCCUCAUCUUUGAUCAUCACCAGUAGAACCAAGACAAUUUGGAUGUCUAAUCAUCCUUAAUGACUGCCAACUAGCAAAAGGCAUUUUGUAUGGUGUCUCUUUUUUACUGAAUUCUCAAGUUUCUCAAUAACAAUCCAUGUUGGGUUGGCUUUGUAACUUGAACAUCCAUUUCAACUCAUUGUUAUUUUUCUCCUUGUCUGAAUUGAAUAUUCAUAUGAUGUCUCUAAUAUUAGAAAACAUAUAAAUUAAGCCUUUCUGUUUUGAAAUGUGUAAA